AGGGCGCUGUUGGGUCCCUUCCCGGGCCCCGGGCACCGCCCCUGGGGCGGAUGACGCGAACGGCGGCUCGGGUGGGUCAGUCGGCCCAGCCUGGGAGGCGGUGGGUAGUGAUCCAGAGACGGCCGGCGUCAGGGCCGACCUAGCGGUCUGGACCCUCGCACGUGGGUGGAGAUAGGCCGGGGUCCGCCCCUAGGAGCUUCCAGUCGGGAGGUCGGGGUGAGGUCCCCAGGCUCCGCGGUGUCAGGCGGAGGCGAACUGGAGGAGCCCGGGCUCUGCCCUCCAGAACACCCAACUGGAGGCCGCUGGACCCGACCAGGCUGAGCGGUGUGGGAAGGGGAGUCCGGCAGGUUCCGCUGUGAAGAUCGGAUGUUUUCUUCAAUGGAUGAUCAGCUGCUCUUCCUUCUCAGAGAAAAAAAGACCAACAGGGAGGUGUACUCCAUCACUGAGCCCAAGCACAUUGGCUCCCACUCUCCACCCAUGGUUACCGCGUGCCCCACCUGUCCUGCCCACCUCCCACGGCUGAUUGCCAGUGCCCACCACAUCAAUCCCAUCUUUCUGUGGAAUAGUUGCUCCACCCAGCCUGCCUCUGCAUUCUCUCUGGAGAGCGCAGUUCCCAGGACCUUCCAUCUCUGAACCCAAAACUAUGUUCCAGUCUGCCCUCUUCACAGCCUCAGGCCCACAAGGCUGGAGGCUGAUAGGACAGACAAUUCUGCUGGGUUCUGCAUAUCCAAAGCAUAACCUCUUCCUACUGUCCAGCACCCUGCGCCAGCAAACCAAAGGGCCUCUUCAUCCACUCCCAGUCCUGUCCAGUCUCCUGACCUGUUCAUCCUGCCAUCACAGCAUUCCCUCCUGCCCGCCUCCCAGCACUUCUUCCUCAGACCCAUGUUCACCUGUCUUCUUGGCCACCACUCUGCUUUUCUUACAUAAAUUAGACCACUGCCAAAUCUAACUGGUAAAAAAAUACAGGUGAAUAAAGGCCCAAGCUUGCCUGUGUUCCCCAGGAGGUAAGCCCAGCUCUCCAGCAUGGCCAGCAUUCAACACUUCUGGACUAUUCAUCCAGCAAAUGUUUGUUGAGCACCCAUGGUGUGCUCAGCAGGAGGCACAGAGUGGUCCACCAGGUUUUGGAUGAGCCCAACAGAGUGGGUGAGAGUAGGGACAGGAUGAGACAGAGAAUAAACACAAAGGGCAUAGAGAUGCUCAGGCAGUGAAACACUCAUGAGGGUGAUGAGAUAAUGGCCUCCUCUCAGACUGGCAGAGUGGAAGGUGAUGACAGCAGGUGCUCAAGGAUCCACAGUGGACUGCUGCAAACUUUGUGGAGAACAACACACUUGGCACAAGUGAAUUUGAGGUGGCAGGGUUUUUCUCAUGGAAGGACUGGAAAUCACCUAAUUUCACAUCAAUAAGGACUCACAUAAUUCCUGGAUAUUAGAGUAGAACCAAUUGUAGGAAAGACAUACAUAUAUCUCAUGUCAUAUUGCAUAUGUACACAACAGUGUCACAGAGAGGGUCAGGAAUGGGGCCCUGCCUAGGGCUGGGGGAGAGACUCUGGGUGGGCAGCACUCCAGUAAGAUGCAUCUUGACUUAAAUCUAAAUUUCUUACAAAAACCACUCAAUACGUUGGUGAAGAGGGCUGUAGGGUAGGCUUCAAGGGAGUCUCUAGAAGGGUAGGAAUGGCCUGGUCAGGAGUGAUCAGUCUCCUCUGAGGACCCUGGCCUGCCCAGCACUCCUGCUGUCACUUGGAGAGAUGGAGGUGGUUGACGGGAUGGAUGCCCUGGCCCGAUGAUUGUACGCCACACCCCAGCACCCACCCUUCAGCCUGUGAGGUCUGGCCCCACCAGGCUCUGGGGCUGCAUUCCACACCAGAAGGUGCCAGGAGUGAGGUCUGUAGCCUCCAGGUUCGCGACCAGUCGACCAGUCGCCGAGCACUACUCAGCAGGGACGGGCCCAUGAGUGACCCUUGUCACGCUGCCCCUUUCUGCACCCAUUCAUUGCUCACCAGACCGGUAGGCAAAGGCAGCAGGUGGGCUCCACUACGCAGUCCACCGGGCCCAGGACCAGGUCGAGGAGGAAGCCAGGGAGGGCGCCCCGCCCAUGGGCGCGUCGGACUCCGCCUCCUGCUCCAAAGCCUAUUUAGCGCUGGAGGUGCCGUGGAGCCCUGAGGCGCGGACCCAGGCAUUAAGUCCGACUGGGAACUGACCGAGGAGACCCAGGGCAGCCCAGCCCAGUUCGCUCCACGCUCCGGCAUCCGCCAAAAGUCCCCAGAUACAUCUGCCCUUGGACGCCCGGACCCACACAGCCCCGCCGCCAUGGCCCGGCUCCUGGCGGCCACGGUCACCCUUGGUUGCAUCAGCCUCCUCUACCUGCAGCUCCCUGGCGCGCUGUCCGGCGGCCUGGGCUGGGGCUCGCGGUUCUCCAAACCCAGAGAGCCUUCAGCUCAGGAUCUUCCCGGUGGCCAGCGGCCCCAGCACCCUGCACCCCUGCCUGUGGUCUGGAAGCCUCAUCAGGCUCCCCAGCCACAGGGGAGGGCCAGCCUGGCUCCCACUCUGGGUCGGCCUCUCCAGGAUGGUGGUCGACGACACUCAGGUCCCCGGCGACACUGGGGAUCCCGAAGGCCCCAAGCCCAGCUCCUGCGGGUUGGCUGCAUGCUAGGCACCUGCCAGGUGCAGAACCUCAGCCACCGCCUCUGGAAGCUGGUAGGGCCAGCUGGCCGGCGGGACCUAGCACCUGUGGACCCCAGCAGCCCCCACAGCUAUGGUUGAAGUGCAUCCUGGCACACCCCUGCCCAUCCCACCCAGCCGGAGUGUGGUACUGACCCCAGAGCUGCAGCUAAGCCCCUGCCCUGGUCCAGCCCUUUGGAGCCCUUUCAGGCAGCUGGACCUGAGCACCUGCACCUUCAGGCUUGGACCCUAAACCCGUGUGGAUGUGUCGUGUGUCCACAUGCACCAUCUGUGUGCCCCAGCUUGUGCACCUCUGAACUGUGCACACUCAGGGAACAAGUGCUGGGCACAGGUGGCUGGCAGCAUCAGUUGCCAAACGGGGCUUCAGAGAGAAGGGGUCUCUCAGGGACAUGGAGCCUCAGCCACAGUCCUGCACAGGGGGCCGGCCCCCUCUGGGAGAAGGGAAGAGCAGUUGAUGUGUUCUUCCCUGCAGCCCUCUGGCAGGGAGGCCCUUGCUGCUCUCCUGCCCUCUGCGCUUGUUGUGCCUCCCUGGAAGAGGUCCUUCCCCAUGUUCCCUGAGACAGGAGGGCAGUAGGGCAGACUGAUAUCACAGUUCUCAGAGUUGAGGUGAGGGAAGAGGUCACAAAGGGACCCCCAGGGCUCCAGUGACCAUCAGUGGAGUCAAAGCUGAGGUGAUGAUGAAGACUCCACCUGGAUCCCAGGGGGGCAGGGGGAAGGGGCUCGGGGACACUCCUGGGUCAUUCUGGGGAGGAGCAGAGUCACCCUUCCCAACUCCAAUUAGGCCAACUGAGAUCCACCCCAGGGACUGGGGCUGUAGCUCAUGGUGAAACGCUUGUCUCAACGUGCACUGGGUUUGAGCCUCAGCUUUAUUUGUUUAAAAAUAAAUAAAAUAAAGUUAUUUUUAAAAAGGAAUCAUUAAAAAAAAAAAUCCACUCCAGCCCAGUGGGGUGGUGGUCACUUAUAAUCCCAACGACUCUGAGCAGGAGGAUCACAGAUUCAAGUCCACACUGUGCGGCUUAGGGAGACCCUGUCUUAAAACAAAAAAUAAAAGGGGCUGGACAUGCAGCUCAGUGGUAUAGUGUCCCUGGGUUCAAU